UAUGUCGAAAUAUGAAAGAUCUUUUAUAAAAGGUGUUCAAAAUGAAGAUUUUAAAGCCGUUAAAGCGUUCUUAGACGUCAGUCAGUCGGUUCAAGUAGUCGAUCAAUAUGGACGUAACCCUCUACAUUAUUGCGCUGAGCACAAGAGUUUAGAAAUAACCAAAUUACUACUUAAAAAUGGAUCCGACAUUAUCAAUGCAAAGGACAAUGACGGUUUUUCUCCUCUCCAAUUAGCAGUAAUAGCUUCAAAUGAGGACUUGAUAGCGUGUUUAUUAGAAAAUGGUGCGGAUAUUAAUAGCCUGGAUUCCGAAGAACAUACCGUCAUGCAUUGGGCCACAGUUUGUGGUCAUCAUAAUCUUCUACACACACUCCUAAGAUAUGGUGCCGAUUUGAAUAAACCGGAUAAAUAUGGUGCAACUCCUUUACAUUAUGCCGCUCAACUUUGCGGAGAAAACGGAAAAUAUGAUGUUGAACCAGAAAUCGCCUACAGAAUAAUGACGGAUCUAAUAGAAAUGGGUGCGAAAAUAGAUGCUGUCGAUGAAAAGGGUAGAACACCCUUUUUAUGGGCAGCAAAUGUUGGUUCACUAGAAGCUUGUCAUUUACUAACGGAGAAGGGAGCAGAAACGAAAGAUUCAGAUAUCGACCGCUUAUCAGCUUUGCACUGCGUUGCUUCUCAAGGUUUCGAGAAUGUGCUGGUUGAUUUUCUCAAGAACGAUCAAACAAAAGUAGACACAGAAGAUAAAAAUGGUUGUACACCCCUUUUUUACGCAAUAAGUCAUGGGCAUAACGUAAUUGUUAAGAAACUGUUAGAAAAUAAGGCGAAUCCAAAUCAUAGAGACUUAAAAGGAAGACUACCAUCUCAUUGUGCAUGUGCAUUAGGUAAUUUAGAAUGCCUAAAAUAUCUGACAGAAUACGGUGGUGAAUGUUGGGGAUCAAAUAAAAAAGGAGAUCAUCCAAUUCACGAAGCAUCUUUUGGGAAUCAUUUACAGGUUAUAAGGUAUGUUUUAACUGGAAACGAAGAAAAGGUUAAUAUUGGAAAUUCUAAUGGUAGAACGUGUUUACACAUUGGUGCUUUAACUGGAAAUACUGAAGACAAAAAUAAAAGCCUAACGCCUUAUGAUAUUGCCCUAGAAAAGGGACACGAGAGCCUUGCUGCCUUAUUGAAAAUUGAGGAGACGCCUACCAUGGAAGAAACUAAAGAGCAAAUCGUAGAGAAGGAAAUGUCUGACCGGAAAGAAAACAAUGAAAAGGAAACUAGCGAAGAGGAAGAGAAAGCUAUUGAAACACAAAGCUUAGCGGAAGCGGAAAAAGACUUAUCUGAUGAGAAUGAACGGCAAGAAUCUUUGGUUGGAAACGAUAACAAAGACAAGAGCGAGGACUUGGAAACGGAAAAGACUGACAAUGAUGAAAAAAUUUCUGAGUUACAAUUAGUUGAGCGCCCUCAGGAGGACUCUAAAGAGCAAGAAAAGGAUAGAGAGAGCAAUAAAGACUCUGAAGUAGACGAAACAACAGCAGAAGAAGAGACAAAAUCAACGGCCGAGUCUAUUCAGGAGGACGAAGUAAAACAAGCAGAAAAAGAUGAAAAAUCUGAAGAGGAGAGUCAAAAAGAGGAUGAGGUAUUAGCAGAAUCAGCUGAAAACACUCUGCCUAAACAAUCUAAUUCAGAAAUAAUAUAUGAAAGAAGCGACAAUUACCUCGAUAAAAUAGACGAGGAUGUUGAAGAAGAGAAAGAAGAAUUAAUCAAAGAGGAGGAGAAAGAGGAGGAAGAAAAAGAGGAGAAAGAAGAAGGCAAAAAAGAAGAAAUAGAAAAAGAAGAGGAGGAAAAGACUGAACAAGAAGUAAAUAAAGAACCUGAAAAAGAAAGCGAAAGUGAGGAAAUGCAAACUAAAGAGGAUGAUAAAAAACAAGUAGAACAUGAUAAAUCUCUUUCGGAGAAAUCUGAAUAUUCUAUAGAACAUAAAGCAAAGCCAGAUGACGAAAAUGAAAAAAAGGAAAUAGGUAAAGCUGAAGAUGAAAGAGUUGAAGAAAUAAGAGAAAAAGAUGAGACUAAUCUCUCAGAUGGUGAAGUAACUACUAAAACCAAAGAUAAAACCGAAGCCGAAGUCGAAGCCGAAUAUAAUGAUGAAUUUGAGGCUGACAGCUCGAUCACAGUGGAUUCCAAGUCAACUGAUAAAGCUAAAAGUGAACAUUCCGUUUCAUCGUCUCAUUCUGUAUCGCCUGCCCAAACGUCUUCUCCCUCGCUUACUCAAAGUAAUAAAGAAAUAAAAAUCAUUCCUCAUCCUCCAAAAGCGCCAAAAGCUAAUUCGAAACCUCGCCAAAUUAGAAAAGCGAGGUCAGUUGAAGUACCUAAAAAAUCUCCCAGUCCGACUACGAAGAAUCGUCCAAAAACCGCUCCCGACAAAGAAAAAUCACACAAACCUAAAGAGUCAGAGAAUCGUAGACCAAAAACAACGUCAACAAAAAAACGUCUUGCAUUAAGCAGACCGAAAGUUCAUUAUAGAAGAAUUAAUAAUCAUGUUCAAGAGGCGGUGCGAUUAUUUCAAAUUAAAAAGAUAUCUUUGCAGGGUAUAAAUAGAGCAAGUAAAUGUUUAUUAACAAUGAAUCACAGACCACCUGGUAAUGUCAAAGAGAAGACUGUUCUUAAAACUCUUCUGCGUCAAUAUAAUGAUGAGACUGUUAAUGGGACGUACAAAAAAAGACCAUCUCAAUUUAACAAUGUUCAAGAGUGGCAAGAGCAUUUAAAGGAGCAGUUGAAACAAAUUCACGAAGAUGAGCGAAUAUACAAAAAGACGUACAAGGUACAAUGA